AUGCAUCCAGAAAGUCAUUGCAGCUCCAGUCGUUGCAGGCGCUCCACUCCCUGCCGAUUACGCCACUGCCGGCGCCCGGCGUGCGUAGCUGAUAGCUCCGCCAGUCCCAAGGCUCCGCCGCUUGCUCGCCUUGUUCUCGUCCUCCUCAUUUCGGCGGCAGCAGCGGUGUUUCCGAAAGAGGCGCUCCCGACCAAGUCCGGGUACCUCCCCAUCCCGCCCGCCAACGCCUCCCUCUUCUUCGCCUUCUACGAGGCCACAGACCCGGUCACGCCACCGGCCUCCACGCCGCUCCUUCUCUGGCUGCAGGGCGGUCCCGGCUGCUCCGGCCUCGUGGGCAACUUCUUCGAGCUCGACCCCUACUUCGUCAACCCCGACGGCGAAACCCUCUCGCGCAACCCCUUCGCGUGGAACCGCCGCUUCGGUCUCCUCUUCAUCGACAACCCGCUCGGCACCGGCUUCAGCGCGGCGCCGUCCCCGGCCGACAUCCCCACCAACCAGUCCGUCGUCGCCGCGCACAUCCUCGCCGCGCUGCAGUCCUUCUACGCCCUCGACCCGAGCCUCCGCGCGCAGCCCUUCUUCCUCACGGGCGAGAGCUACGCGGGCAAGUACAUCCCCGCGGCGGGGGCGCACAUCCUGGACGCGAACGCGGGGCUUCCCGAGGCGCAGCGCGUGAACCUCCGCGGCGUGGCCAUCGGCAACGGGCUCACGCACCCGGUGGCGCAGGUGGCCACGCACGCGGACUCGGCCUACUUCCUGGGCCUCGUGAACGCGCGGCAGAAGCGGGAGCUGGAGGCGCUGCAGUCCGAGGCGGUGUCGCUGACGCUGGCGGAGCGGUGGGUCGAGGCGUCGGACGCGCGGGGGCGGGUGCUGUCGCGGCUGCAGAACUUGACGGGGCUGGCCACGCUGUACGACUACGCGAAGCAGCGGGGCUACGCGACGGACGCCGUGAGGGCGUUCCUGAACCGCGCGGAGGCGGAGUCGCUGCUGCGGCGCACCCGCGUGCUGCUGUACCAGGGCGUCCGCGACCUCCGGGACGGCGUCGUGUCCACGGAGGCGUGGCUCGCCGGGGUGCGCUGGGACGGCCUGCGCGCGUUCCUGGACGCCCAGCGCACCGUGUGGCGGACCGGGGAUGGAGAGCUCGCGGGGUACGUGCAGCGGUCGGGCGCGCUCUCGCACGUGGUGGUGUACGGCGCCGGACACCUGGUGCCGGCGGACAACGGCCGCGUGGCGCAGGAGAUGAUCGAGGGCUGGGUGCUGGGGACGGGACCGUUCGGCCGUGGUGGCGACGGCGACGGCAUCAGGAGCGCCGCAGGAUGUCUGACCGAGCACCCCGGCAGGCACGGUGGAAUGUCCAAAUGUGUCCAAGCUAAUUACUGCGCGAUAUGGAUUCUAGUUGGUCGGAUUUGA